GACUUGGUCGAGCAGCCAAAUGCGAUAUUAGAAAAAAUGAAGGAUGGCACAUACGUUGUAAAUUAUUCUUUGAUGAACUUACCUCAAUAUAUUCCUCCAAGUGGUGCACUUAUGGGUGAAUCUAAUGUCGAAGAUUAUUUCCGGGACAGUGCUAUGCCGUUCCCUGCUUCACCGGAAGUAUUUGAAUUAAUUGGGGGAAAUGCGGAUACUGAAGGUAGCAAACGGAUGUGGAAUAAGAUGUUAUUAGAGCAUUCAGAUGAUUUUAUUCACGUUUUAUCAUUAAAAGGCAUAUUUCUUUAUUGUUCGCCGAGUUGUAGGAGAAUAUUAGAGUAUGAUACAAAUGAUCUGUUGGGUAGUAGUCUUUCAACAAUAUGCCAUCCAAGUGAUAUUGUACCAGUUAUGAGAGAAUUGAAGGAAUCUUCAAAUGGUGCAGAGUCAGUAAAUCUUGUUUACCGUAUUAGACGUAAAAAUUCAGGAUAUAUGUGGUUUGAAGCACAUGGAAAAUUACAUUUAGAACAAGGAAAAGGAAGGAAAUGUGUGAUACUUUCAGCUCGUGAAAGGUCGGUUUAUAAACUACAGUGGAAAGAUUUACAAACAUUUGGGGGGAUAUCGGAUCAAGAAUUUUGGGCAAAAUUAUCCGUGGAUGGAUUGUUUUUAUAUGCAUCUUCAACAUGCCAAUGUUUAUUAAAUUUUACAUCAGAAGAAUUAGUUGGGACUUCAUUAUAUCAUUAUGUUAGAUCUGAUCGUACAACUGAUAUAACAAGAAGUUUAACAGCUGCAAGAGAUGGAAAUGCUCAUAGCUUUAAACAUCACAUCCAAAAAAAGAAUGGUCAAUACGUUGAAGUUCUAACAACAUUUUAUCCGGGAGAUUCUAUUAAUACAAAUAAUAAACCAUCAUUUGUUAUUUGUCAAACAAAGGAAGUUGCACCUGAAAUUAGACGUCGUUCUAUUUCAGUAUCACCCGCUCAGUCUUCACCUACAUCGGCAGGUUCUCCCGAUGGGGCUUCCUCAAUUUCCUCUGGAGGUUCUACACCAUCUCCAUCUAUACAUUUAAGAAAUGCAUCAAUCGAACACCAACCUACUGAUAAUAUCUUCGAAGAAUUAGAUACGACCAGAAGUACAAGUUGGCAAUAUGAAUUACAUCAAAUGAGACUAACGAAUAAAAGAUUACGUGAAGAAUUAGAAACUAUUAAACACUCAAAGAAGAAAAGGAAGAAGCGAAGUGCAUCUUCUUCAAACAAGGUAUGUCAUCAUUGUCAACGAAAAGACUCGCCCGAAUGGCGGAAAGGGCCCGAUGGUCCGAAAACUUUAUGCAACGCUUGUGGUUUACGUUAUGCAAAACAAAUGAAUGCACAAUUUAAUGGUCCACGAUCACCAUCUGCUUCACCGAAAAUAAAACCUAGCGUG